AUCAAACUAUCAAUAUUUUCCGAAUAUAUAAAAAUGAAGUAUAACUUAUUUUUAUUUUUUACAACUCUUGCAUUUUGUGUCGUCUCAAUAUACGAGGUACAAUGCACUCAUCCACCGUCUACUGACAUGGACACUAAAAAGCAACCUGCUGAAGCAGAUGAUGUUUCCAGUGAAGACGGAUCUGUAGACGAAGAAGAUGAUCUUGAUAAGGAUGAUGAAGAAGAUGAUGAUACAGUGGAAUAUACCAUACAAUCACAGGAGGUGUCUACUGGUCGUAAAAGGAUUGUACAAGCAUUGCAAUUUUGCCUCCAAAAGGGAGAUAUCACACCAGUGGAACUCAUAAACUGCGCCAGCGAUGUAUUGCAUGGUGGUAAUUUGAACCCCCCGACACAAUUCGAAAAGUGCGUUGGAGAAUUUAUUACUUCUACAGUAGGUGCCUGUACCCAAAAGCUUGCUGAAAUGAAAGGCAAAGAGGUUGAUUACACUGAGGUAUUUACGUGUCUGGCAGAAGCGAUACCAACGCUAAUCAUGUGUGUAAGGACGAGCGAUUCAAUUCCGCUAAAGAUAUAGAAUAGUUAUUAGGUCUCUAACGCGCGUUGCAACUCGGGGGUUAUCUGUGCCAUAAAACCACAGCGUUGCGUUGUAUCGGGCGAUAACAUAUUUUUUAAAAUAUCGCAAAC